GCACCCUGUGAUGUGCGAGCUAUAACUGGACACACGGGUGGGCUCUUCCCCGCCGGCGACCCGUAGCAUGUGGCCCUUUGACCCGCCGCGGCGGGGUGAGAGGUCGGGUGGCCAUCUUGUGGCAGCGGUGGCGGUUUGUUGUUGGUGAGGCCGCGCCGCGCCCCCUCCCCCCGGGCUGAGCAGGCCCCGGGGCCGGGCCGGGCCGGGCGGCGCCAUGUCCUCCUUCUCGGAGUCGGCCCUGGAGAAGAAGCUCUCGGAGCUGAGCAACUCUCAGCAGAGCGUCCAGACCCUGUCGCUGUGGCUCAUCCACCACCGCAAGCACGCGGGGCCCAUCGUCUCCGUGUGGCACCGGGAGCUCCGCAAAGCAAAAUCAAGUAGGAAACUUACAUUUCUAUAUUUGGCGAAUGAUGUCAUCCAGAACAGUAAAAGGAAGGGUCCUGAAUUCACAAGGGAGUUUGAAUCUGUUCUUGUGGAUGCUUUUUCUCAUGUUGCCAGAGAGGCAGAUGAGGGCUGCAAAAAGCCCUUGGAGCGAUUGCUUAACAUUUGGCAAGAAAGGAGUGUGUAUGGCAGCGAGUUCAUACAACAGCUGAAACUUUCUAUGGAGGACACCAGUAGCCCUCCACCAAAAGUUACAGAGGAGAAAAAGUCCUUGAAGCGGACGUUUCAGCAGAUACAAGAGGAAGAAGAUGAGGAUUACCCUGGGAGCUACUCGCCCCAGGACCCCAGCACUGGGCCAUUACUGACUGAGGACUUGAUCAAAGCCCUGCAGGAUCUGGAAAAUGCAGCAUCAGGAGAUGCCACAGUGCGGCAGAAAAUUGCCUCACUGCCACAGGAAGUUCAAGAUGUGUCACUGCUGGAGAAAAUUACAGACAAAGAGGCAGCAGAACGUCUUUCGAAAACGGUGGAUGAAGCAUGUUUGUUACUAGCGGAGUAUAAUGGGCGGCUGGCAGCAGAGUUGGAAGACAGACGCCAGCUGGCACGCAUGCUGAUUGAGUACACCCAGAACCAGAAGGAUGUAUUGACAGAGAAAGAGAAAAAGUUAGAAUUGUACCUGAGGAGGGACAUGCUUUCUGUAAACCUACCAUCAUACUACAGCAUGUUAAAAAGGAGUAUAAACAGAAGCUUGCUCGGGUAACCCAGGUCCGCAAGGAGUUGAAAUCUCACAUCCAGAGCCUUCCAGAUCUGUCCCUGCUGCCCAACGUUACAGGAGGCUUGGCACCUUUACCAUCUGCUGGUGAUCUGUUUUCAACUGACUAGGACUAAUGGUGCCCGUAUUUACUAAUUCCCCUUAGUACCAGCAGAAGUAAGAAAAUUCUUGUGUUGACUGGAAAUACAGUCUUCCAAUGAUCUACCAUAGGAAUGAACAAACAGACCCUACUUUCAGCCUACCAGCUGCACAUGCGCGCUCUCUGUGUACAGUGUCUCACGUUGAGGGGAAGAUGGAGAGUGUGUAUGUCCAUGUUCUGAAGGGAGUGGGUAUAGAGUCCAUAUAUUUUGAAAAUAAACUUUCUCACCUUUUCUGUACUCAGAUUAGUUUCCGUUUGCUCUUAGCACUUGUUACUCCCACAGAAGUCAUAAGAAUCAUGUACAUAUACCUUGAAAGUUUUCAAAGAAAUGUUGUUGUGUUUUUUUCCUCUCUAAAAGUGUCUGAUUAUUUCUGAAUCUGUUUUGUCUGUGUUAGUUGGGUUUCUGACGUUCAAAUCUAUAAGCAGUAGAGUGGCUAGUGUGCUUUCUGGGGGCGUAUGCAUGUGUGUACUGUACCAUACUGGGAUCAGGGGGACAUGUCCAAAGAGCAACCGUACAGUUAACCUUUUGUUAAAUCUGUAGUUGCUGUAAUUGUUGUAGGAAUGACCUCAAGGUGGUUCCUAUUUGGUAUGGUGCAUAUGUAUAUACAUUGAGACUGGCACUAUGGGCAAUAGAAAUUAACAGCUUGUUUUUGUGACUUAGGGAUAACUUCAUAACUUACACUCUGCUGAGCAAUGCAGAACUGGUUAUUAGACAUGAGAAGUGAAUUUUAUUCCAACUCCCUUGUAUUAUAUUUAUACCACAUUUUCCCUCUAUAUUAUAUAAACGUAAAUCUACAGAAGUUUAACUAGCCAAGAGGUUGGAUUGGUGGAAUAAAACUAGUGAUAUCUCAGAUAGGUGCUGUGUAACUUUCUUUGUGAACUUGAGAAUGGCUAUAUUGAAAAUCUUAUUCUAUGAAUUUUGUCUCCUUAGGUUAAAUAAGUGAAUUUAUUUGAUGGACUGAAGUUAAAUGUGGUAUAAAUAUUUUAUUUAUAUAUGUUGAUACGCUAUACAGACCUGUAUGUGUAUGUAUACACACUUCCUGUAUGCCAUACAUCAAUAUACAUGUGCAUGUAUAUAUUGGGAGGAUGUAUGUAAUUUCAUAUCACACAUUAAUAUGAGUCGAUUUUUUCCAGUAAAAAUCAAAAAACAAAUUUAAAAAAUACUAAGUCUAAUUCCAUUAUCAUGCUAGCUAAUGGUAUAACUACCAUGGAUAUAGUUAGGUUUAAAUUUGUGUAUUAGUUUUAGCAAGCAGGCCUUCCUGCUCAUUGCAGACCAUUCCAAUCUGGCCAUUUUGUUUUAAUUUAAACACUUCUUGCCAAGGGCAUGUCAUCACUAGCGACGUUAAAGGGAUGCUGCAGCAGUGCUUUAACGUGGCUGUGUAGUUGCGGCACCAGUGCUGGGAGAGAGCUUACCCGGUGCUAUAAAAAACCCACUUCCGCAAGGGGAAUAGCUCCCAGCGCCAGUGCACUGUCUACACUGCCACGUUACAGUGCUGAAACUUGCAGCGCUCUGGGGUGUGGCUUUUUUUUUUUUUUCACAUCCCUGAGCAAGAAAGUUGCAGCGCUGUAACAUGGCAGUGUAGACCAGACCUAAGACUUCACAAGCUGCUGGAAACACUUAAUUGGAUGAUGAUAUAGGUUCUGUAAUACAGAGGUUGAAACCCCGUAAGGCAGAGUGAUGUGCUUUGUUUGUGCCUCACUGUGGUCUUAAGCUGCUCUUUUCAAAGACCUGAGAGGAAACCCCCAGAAAUAUGAAGCUUGUUCUGUGUGCUCAUUAACUUAUUUUACAGAGAAUUUAAUGGCUAAUUCAGCAUUCAGUGAAACUGAAUAAACUAGCAUUUCUGGUCAUUUAGUUUGUGAAAAGUUCAUGCACUUCAUUUUGGCCCUUUAUUCUUGCUUCCUUACUGCCCAGCUGUGGAGUCUGUUUUUCCCCUUGUUGUAGAGGAGAAUUCCUGGGGGGCAGAACUGCACUCUUCCAUGACUUGACAUGAUUGGAGAGCCCUUUAUCUGAGUGUUUGUUUGGACCAUAAAGUGUUGUACACUCUCUCUGCUUUUGCCAAAAAACAAAAGAGAACCCCAAACUCUUAAACACAAACCAAAAGAUGCAUUUCUAUCCUGUCCCAGCUCAGUGGAGUUAACCCCAGGCUGUAUUUUAUUUAAACAGUAAUUGUUCUUGACCAGUGAUUGACUGCAUAACCAUUACAGGACAGAAAUGAAGCAAAACUUAUCAUAGAAAUUAGGUAGACAAAUGAGUGUUGGCAUCUCAAAUUGCUAUUUUGGGCGGAUUUUCUGUGAGAAAGUUGUAUGUUUUUUUAAAUUGAAAUGCUUUGAUUUUUCAAAAAAAGUGUGAGUUUUACUUUAUUUUGCUUAAUUUAAAUAGUCUUGUGGUUUUUAUUGAGUGGGGGAGGGCAAAGGAUGCCUGGUGAACUGGGUACAACUUCCUUCAACAGUUUCCCCAAAGUGUCUCUUAAAAAAAAAAAAAAAAAAAAAAAAAAAAAAAAAAAGCUUAAAUCUGUAUAUGAACUGAUCUAGGAAUUAAUUUAGACGUAUAGGCUGCCAUUUUGGCAGCAGUAUAUUCUGAAAUGUCUCAUAGAUAUCUAUUUUUGAAUAAAGAGGGUGUUGUUGAAUGGUA